UAUACCCACCCGGCCAAAAGUGCCAAUUUUUAAUUUUGAUUUUCUCAUCAAAUAGCUUAUUUUUACCUCAAAAUCAUCAUGAUGACCAUUGAUGAAGUUCCCAAGACAUGUACACAUACAAUAGACCACUCUGAUGUGGUACAGAUAGUUGAAUUUUCACCUUUUGAUUGGUCAAGUCGGCUGAUAGCUGUGGGAAGUUCAUCCAGAAUUUCUAUCGGAACAAUUUUGUUUCAGGAGGAAGAUAAGGAGGUUGAGGGCCUGGAGUAUGAAGUCAUCAGAGAGUUCCACCAUAGCUGCAGAUUAAUGGCAUUUGCCUGGAGUCCUGCUACAUCUCUCCGAGUACUACCAAAGGCACUCAAGUUCUGUACAGCUGGGGCAGAUAAGAAGAUCAGAUAUUAUUCAUCUGAUUUAAAAACUGACGACGCUGUCAGGGUAAUUGAUGGACACACAGACUAUGUUAAUGACCUCAUCUUUGAUCCUGACAAGGGCGAGCAAAUAGCAAGUGUUAGCGAUGACUUGACCUGCCGUUUAUUUGACACAGAUGGCCACCAGGUGGCAGUUUAUCCUCUUGGAUCUCCUGGAAUGUCAGUCAAGUGGCACCAGGAGGAUCCAGUGAAGCUCAUGGUUGGUGAGAAAAACGGCACAAUACGCUUCUACAAUCUGAUAGACCAACAGCCAAUCUUAUCACUUGCCUGUGGUAAUGCUCCUUUACUCUCUGUUGAUUGGUGCCAUAGUAAUGCUCUCAGUGUGAGUGCUGUUGUCGGCACGGAAUUGUUACUGUUUGACACAUCAAAAUCAAGUCGACCAUCUGAGAAGAAGCAAGUGCAUUCAGAUGGUGCCCGAUGUGUCCGCUGGGCCAAGUGUAAUGAAAGUAUCGUAGCCACAACUGGGUGUCCAGGUUCACAACUUAAAGUAUUCAAUUUCAAGCUGAAUCAGACACCAAUAUGCACAUCAUCACAUAUUCUCAAUGGAUUAAGUUGGCAUUAUAAACUUCCAAUUGUUGCCGUGGGAGGAGACAAAAAGGUGUUCUUCUGGACUGUGGACAAUGCCUGAGAUAUCAAAGAGAAAAACAAUAGACAAGAGAUCAGAUAGACUUUCAUUUAGUUGCCGACAGUUGCAACGUUAGCAUUCGUCACUCAUAGUGCAUAUGAACAAUUUCAGGUGGUUUUUACCACUUUCGUUUUGAGUAGCCGUCUAAACCGUCUUGUGCAGGUGGAGACAAACAGGACAAUUGUUUUCAUUGCUGGUCGUGCUUGAUGGUCGUCUCAAUGCAAUGCAAUUUGCAUGUGUGUGCUACCACGUAAGUGGGAUGUCAUGUGAUUAUAUUUGUUACAAUAAACUAAAGACCUUGUGAGUGUGAUCAACAAGAGAACAUAUUCUUUUCUAAAAAUAGAUGCUUUAUUCGAUAUCAACAAAUUUGGCACUUUCUUUGUACAUGAUAAUUUAUUGCAGUAAAAACAAGACAAGAUAAUCAAUUUUCACAACGAAUGUAUCAGAGUUUAAAACUCACACAUAUCCACUUCUUUCAGUACAACUACCUCACUGAGUUAACAGGUUUUAGCCAGUU